UUAUUUUCACCACAGUCAUCAAUUCUGACACAAUCAGCUGUAGCAGCCAACAUCGCUUACUAAGUUUAUCUUGAUGCGAAUAUCAUUCUAAAAACGUCUAAAGAACAUUUUAAUAUCAUAACAAAAAGGAAAAUAGUAAGUUUAAGCAUUUGACAAGUGAAUAGAAAACAAUUCUUUAAAUAUAAAAACUAAUGUGUAGCAUAUAUUGGUGUCUAUUAGUGACAUUUCCGUAUAUGUAAGUAGUGCUCCACAAAGCCAUAAGUUUGCCGUACAUACAAAACUCCAAGAGAUUGAGAAUGGAUUGGAGGCAGGCGGAAAUUUUCGAUUUGUUAUCCAUGUAUAGAGAAUCUGAGUGCCUAUGGAACUGUCUAAACCCUGAAUAUAAAGACGUGGACUUAAAGAAAAAUGCUUGGAGGGAAAUCGCUACAUUCUUCGGAAGAAAAGUGGAGGAUGUAAAGAAGAAAAUAAAAAAUUUGCGUACUAGUUACGUUUUAGAGAAAAAGAAAGUUGAGAGAAAGAGAGCCGAAUCCGGACGGUCGUCGUAUGAGCCGCGUUUAUUCUACUAUGAUGAAAUGACCUUUUUGGACCCCGUCAUAAUUUUACGAUUUCUUAAUCCUACAGAACAAAAUGGAUAUCCCUUAAGUGAAAUAAAUCAAACGAGUUCUACAAACGAUGGGCAUAUGAUAGCUGAAAAGAAAAAGCGCAAACUCUUCAGUAAUUCUCAGACGGAGCGAUCACUUUCGGAGCAUUCUCCUAUAAAAAGACUGCGUGAUAUAAGUGAUGUGCAUUUAGAUAAUGUACUAGAAGACGAAUUAGAAGAGGAAGAGCAUUUAAGUAAAGAAGAUACAUUUUGUGCAAUGCUUUCCAGUGAACUUAAAUCACUUAAAUUCGAAGAUAUAUAUGACAAUGUGACAUCUGAAAUUUUUACUAUCCUAAGGAAUGCCAAAAUGGCAGAACGUCAAGUAGUAUACCAACCCGAAGAGACUAGAAAAGUAGCUAGUAUAAAGAUGUGAAAAUAGGCCUUUUCUAAUUCCUCACAAUAAAAGUUACGCCCACGUAUCGGAAGAAGGAAUUUUGAGCAGCAUUUGAGAAAUAUGCCAUUACAACAACAAUACUAAUAUUUUUAAAGUAAUUGUAAAUAUUUCUAUUUAUAUCCAUACAUAUAAAAGAAAGUUGUCAAAAUCUCUUGCUCUUUAUGUCAAAAUUUAAUACAACUCACAAAUACAAAAAUUUUAUUUUAAAUCAUAAGCAUUUGUUCAAAAAUCAUGUUUGUAGGAAUCAUUUGAAUAUUUAAUUUCUUCAAAAACAAAAAAAAAAAUAUCAAUAAAAACAAUAAAAACAAACUCACAUCUAUAUAUGUAUGUAUAUAAAUGAAAGUUGUUUUAGUUACACCAUUUAUAACACUUAGAACCAGGGUAAGGAUAUAGGAUACUUUUUAUCUCUUUAUGUCCAAAUUUAAUAAUCCUCAUAAAUACAAAAAUUAUAUUUCAAAUCAUAA